AUGACCACCCUCUCCCCCGAAAACAGCAUCUCUGCCAGGCAGUCGGCCUCCUUCAUCUUGGUGAAGAGAAAGCCCCCCAUUGACAAGACGGAAUGGGAUGGCUUCUUUGAUGAGAACGGUCAGCUGUCCAAAUCACGAGACUUCAUUUGUGUUAACAUCCUGGAAAGGGGUCUGCACCCAUUUGUGAGGACGGAAGCCUGGAAGUUCCUCACAGGCUACUACUCAUGGCAGAGUUCCCAGGAUGAGCGGCUCACAGUGGACAGCACAAGGAGGAAGAACUAUGAGGCCUUAUGCCAGAUGUACGAGAAGAUUCAGCCCCUCCUGGAAAACCUACACCGGAACUUCAUAGAGACUCGGAAUAACAUUGCAUACGACAUCCAGAAACUCUAUGACAAAGACCCCCUGGGCAAUGUCCUUAUCGACAAGAAGAAGCUGGAGAAGAUCCUGCUCCUGAGUUAUGUCUGCAACACUCAGGCAGAGUACCAGCAGGGCUUCCAUGAGAUGGUGAUGCUUUUCCAGCUGAUGGUGGAACAUGACCACGAGACCUUCUGGCUUUUCCAGUUCUUCCUGCAGAAAACGGAGCACAGCUGUGUCAUCAACAUCGGGGUGGGCAAGAACCUGGAUGUGCUCAACAACCUGAUCAACUUCCUGGACCCCAUGUUUGCUGAGCACCUAAAAGAGAAGGGUGCGGGGGCUGUGCAGUCCCUCUUCCCCUGGUUCUGCCUCUGCUUCCAGCAUGCCUUCAAGUCCUUCGACGACGUCUGGAGGCUCUGGGAGGUACUGCUCUCAGGGAAGCCGUGCAGAAACUUCCAGGUGCUGGUGGCCUACAGCCUGCUGCAGAUGGUGCGCGAGCGGGUGCUGCAGGAGAGCAUGACUGGCGACGACAUCCUCCUGGCCUGCAAUAACCUCAUCGAUCUUGAUGCCGAUGAGCUGAUCUCUGCAGCCUGCCUGGUUUAUGCUGAGCUCAUCCAGAAGGAUGUUCCUCAGCCAUUACAGGAUUUCUUUCUCUGA